UAUUCAAAAACGUUUCAAACAGGCCCUUGUAAGUUAUAUCGUCUUUCUUUCCGGCCAGAAAAGAAAACCCCAUCAUAAACCCUGAAAACAAACACCCGCUCCAAGCUCUCGCAGUUCAAAAAUGAGCAGAAGGCGGUUGAAAACUCUCGUCUGGCAAUCAAUUUCCACCAUAUCUUCGUCACCUCUGAAGUCCAACCCCUUUUUCUCCACAAACCCACCACACCCAUUCCCUUCUCCAUUCAAAUCCUCCCACCAAAGUCUAAAACCUUGCUUCCCCAGAUUACUUUGCACUUCUUCGGAGGACAAUCUCGAUGGUCUGGUCGAUCCCAACGACUUGUUCAAGCUGGAGAGUUCUGGAGUUGAGUCUAUUUCGGCUGAGGAAUUCGCCUCUCUGCGCGAUUCGGUGUUGGAUACCAGUGCUGGUGGUGGGUCUUCGAUGCCAAAAUUUGAAUCAGCUAAGUUUUCUGACAAUGCCAUUUUGAUUUCGAAUGCUAUCAGGAAUAAUAAUGAUGAGUUUGAUGACAAAACCCAGAAGUUUCUUAGGCAGUUUAGGGAUAAUCUGAAUGAAACUCUGGUGGUGGAGGUGUUGAAGCUUAUACAAAACCCUGAAUUGGGUGUGAAAUUUUUCAUAUGGGCAGGUAGACAAAUUGGGUAUAGUCACACUGCUCCCGUGUACAACGCGUUGUUAGAGUUAUUGGAGUGUGGUAAUAAGAGGGUGGCGGAACAAUUUCUGCAAGAAAUUAAGGGUGAUGAUAGAGAGGUGCUGAGGAAGUUGCUUAAUGUUUUGAUUCGGAAGUAUUGCCGAAAUGGGUUGUGGAAUGUAGCUUUGGAAGCUGGGAGGCUCAAGGAUUUUGGAUACAAGCCAACUCAAGCAACUUACAAUGCUUUAGUUCAAGUGUUUCUAGAAGCAGAUAAGUUGGACACAGCACACUUGGUCCAUGUGGAGAUGUUGGAUUCAGGGUUUAAGAUGGAUGAGUAUACAUUUGGUUCAUUUGUUCACGCCCUUUGCAAAGCUGGGAGGUGGAAGGAAGCUCUUGCAUUGGUUGAGAAGGAAGAGUUUGUGCCCAAUACUAUUCUUUACACGAAGAUGAUAUCUGGGUUGUGUGAAGCUUCACUUUUUGAGGAAGCUAUGGAUUUUUUGAACAGAAUGCGAUGUGAUUCUUGCAUUCCUAAUGUUGUGACCUAUAGGACUUUGCUCUGUGGGUGUUUGAAGAAAAGACAGCUCGGUAGGUGCAAGAGAAUUCUUAGUAUGAUGAUCACAGAAGGUUGUUAUCCAAGCCCUCAGAUAUUUAGUUCUCUUGUACAUGCUUAUUGUAGGUCCGGAGAUUACUCUUAUGCUUAUAAGUUGCUUAAGAAAAUGGUAAGAUGUGACUGCCAGCCAGGCUACGUGGUUUACAAUAUCUUGAUUGGUGGUAUAUGUGGAAACAGGGAAUUACCAAGCCCAGAUAUGUUAGAGUUGGCUGAAAAAGCUUAUGGUGAGAUGCUUGAUGCAGGGGUUGUUCUAAGUAAGGUCAAUGUGAGCAAUUUUGCAUGGUGUCUUUGCGGUGCCGGAAAAUUUGAGAAAGCCUAUAAGGUUAUCAGCGAAAUGAUGAGCAGGGGUUUUGUUCCUGACACUAGUACGUAUGCUAAUGUUAUUGGCUUUUUGUGUAAUGCCUCCAAGGUAGAACAAGCAUUUUUGUUGUUUAAAGAAAUGAAAAGGAACAGUAUUGUUCCUGAUGUCUAUACCUAUACUAUUUUAAUUGAUAGUUUUUGUAAAGCUGGCCUUAUUGAACAAUCUCGGAGCUGGUUUAAUGAAAUGAUACGAAAUGGUUGUGCUCCAAACGUGGUGACAUAUACUGCUCUUAUACAUGCAUACCUUAAAGCAAAGAAGGUGUCUGAUGCUGAUCAACUCUUUGAGAUGAUGUUGACUGAAGGUUGCAGUCCUAAUGUUAUUACUUAUACUGCUUUAAUUGAUGGUCAUUGUAAAGCUGGUAGAAUUGAAAAGGCUUGCCAGAUAUAUGAGAGAAUGAGAGGUAAUGUGGACGUCCCUGAUGUUGAUAAGUAUUUUGGAAGUGAUGAUCAGAGUAUUAGAGAACCUAAUGUCUAUACUUAUGGGGCUUUGGUGGAUGGUUUAUGCAAAGCACACAAGGUUAAAGAGGCCCGUGAUUUAUUGCAUGCUAUGUUAGAAGAAGGUUGUGAACCUAACCAUAUUAUUUAUGAUGCUCUUAUAGAUGGAUUUUGCAAGUAUGGGAAGCUAGAUGAAGCACAAGAGGUGUUUGCUAAGAUGUCAGAGCAAGGGUACAGUCCAAAUGUGUAUACGUACAGUUCUUUGAUUGAUAGGUUGUUUAAGGAUAAAAGACUGGAUCUUGCUUUAAAAGUCUUGUCCAAAAUGUUAGAAAACUCUUGUGCACCAAAUGUUGUUAUCUACACAGAGAUGAUUGAUGCCCUGUGUAAAGUUGGAAAAACAGACGAAGCCUAUAAGCUUAUGCUGAUGAUGGAAGAAAAAGGGUGUUAUCCAAAUGUCGUGACUUAUACUGCAAUGAUAGAUGGCUUUGGGAAAGCAGGUAAUAUCGAAAAGUGUUUUGAGCUUUUUAAACAAAUGAGCUCUAAGGGUUGUGCUCCAAAUUUUAUCACCUACGGGGUUUUGAUAAAUCAUUGCUGUUCAACUGGACUACUGGAUGAAGCUCAUAAGCUUUUGGAUGAAAUGAAACAAACACAUUGGCCAAAGCAUAUGGCAGGCUACCGUAAAGUUAUUGAAGGUUACAAUAGAGAGUUCAUGACCUCUCUUGGGCUUUUAAAUGAGAUUAGUGAAUGUGACACAGUGCCAAUUACUCACAUAUACAAAGUUCUGAUUGAUAAUUUUGUAAAGGCUGGAAGGUUGGAAGUGGCUCUUGAGCUGCUUGAAGAGAUUUCGUCAUCUUCACCGUUUACAUCUGUGAACAAGAAUAUGUACACUUCAUUGAUUGAAAGUCUUUCACAUGCAAAUAAGGUCGGUAAGGCACUGGAGAUGUUUGCAGACAUGAUGAGGCAUGGUGGUUUUCCAGAGCUGGAUACAUUCUUUCAUCUUAUUAAAGGGCUUAUUAAAGCUAACAAGUGGGAUGAAGCUCUUCAACUAUCAGAUAGCAUAUGCUACAUGGAUAUCCAUUGGCAUAUGCAAGAAGAGGCAUCUGACAGAAAUUAAUGUGUUUUUUAGACCAUCAUUGUUUGUUACUCAUGCACCAUCUGAUGACUCACUGGACCUGGUGACCUGGUUGACGGUGCUGUUGUGGAGUGGACCGCAUUUCUAUCAGAGUCCAGUGUGCAAGCAUAUGCAACAUAGGAUGUGAAUGAUUGUUGCUUGCUUAAUGAAGUGACCACAUUUUUACUUCACUUUGUGAAGCGGCUAGAAAUUCAAGAAAACUAGAACUUUUAUCUCCUACCUAUUCAAAGGAGGUAUGUCAUCUUAUAUAAUUUCAUAGCAUGGUUACCCCAAAAAUCUUGAGAAUGCAGGAUCCAAUACCAAUACUUCCCCAUGAUGCCUUGAUGGAUGUCAGAUAUUCCAAAUCUGUAUCUUGUUGAUUUUUGGGUAUGGGAUGGAUAUGUGUGAGGCAUGUAUUAUGGAUACACAAGGGAUACAAGCAAGAGUAGUAGGGGUUAUUUGUAAAAUUUCUAUAGAAGAAAUGGGGGGUAUGAUUGAAAAAGGGCUUAGUGGGCAUUUUAAGAUGUUAAAGAAGCUAAUAUGAAAACAAAACUAUUCAUUAGAAUCUUAUUUGGUUGUAAUAUUCCUUGUAGUCUUCAUAACAAGUUUUUAGAAAAUUGUGGUUUUGCAGUAUCAUCUCACAUUUCCUAAAUUGUAUCCAUACAACAUAGUUUCGAUGUUCUGCACCAAGGCUUUCAUAUGAUGCUGCUUAAUGAGAAUAUGCAGCAGGUCUCUGCUGCUAGAAUUUAUUUACUGCUCCAUAGCCAUUUUCAUGGUGAAUCAUCAGAAGGUCAGAAAUUCAGGUUUUUAUUAUUCAUAUCUCUACACCUGUUUAAAUGUAUCGUUGUUCAAAUACUUAUGUACUAGGUACAGAUAAUUCAAUAUGUUAUUUGCUACUUCAUUGUGGCGAGAAUGAUAUUGUGUAGCUCUAUUACUUACUGCUGUUGUUGCUCGUUGAGUGAGCAGGUUGGUGACGUGGAGUUGAGUUCAGGGGAAGUUGUAUUUGAUUUCCAAUCAAUCAUGUCUAGGCAUUACACAGAUGCGAGAAGCUCCAGUCAAACUUCCUCAUAAUGACAAACGAUGCCAGAAAAGUAUGUCUGGGAUUUGCCGUCACAAGCUUCCUACUUGUGAACCUUGAGGAUAGUCGUUGAUCAACUAACAAAAUACUGUGCUUGAAUUUAUGAAGUAAGUCAGUGCAUCUAACCAACACGAGGAAACUACUCAACAACAUUUCAAGUCACCUUGAAUUUCGGUUUUCAUGUACGAGGUGAUUGCAAGGGAAAAGGUAGGACAUGGGUUCUAGUCACACUAGCAGCAGCAUACCCAUUUUAGAGAAUGUGAACAGACAAACUCCUCACCAUAGUCGGUCCACCAUUGCACUGUUUUGGGAAAACAUGGAAAAUGUUGAAAUACCCUUUUGACAACAUUUGGUUGUGGUGCUCUUCUGGUUGCGGGUUGGUAAUUUUUGUGCUACGAUAUCUUGGUCGAAUUGACCACUUGGUCGUUUUCUCUUGUGUUGCUGCCUUGGUGGCUGCUGGCAGGACGUUCGUGGCGGCAGUGGCAGGUGGAGCUGCUCUCUGCGUUUGGAGGAUAGGGAUUAGGGUUUUAGUUUUCGUUUGUUUGCUCAUUGGGCUGGGUUUUGUGUUUAUGAUUUCCCCCAGUGUAUUUUCGGUUAUUAUGUUGUCCUUUGGAUUGGCCUGUAACCUCUUUUCCUACUUAAUAAAACGUUACUUUUCAACAAAAAAUAAAAAAAAGAGAUUAAUUUAU